AUGGCGUCACUAAUAGCUGUGUCCCAGACCCAAUUGCUGUAUAUUAAGCCCCGCUUGGUAUCACCGCCUCUUCAAUCUCGCUCCGUUUUCUUGCCCACGGGGUUGCCAGCAGGGGUUCGUGGAGUCCGUGCUACCAUGCCGAGAAAGACGGUUAUUGUGUCGGCGGCCACGGCGGAGACGCCGAAGAAGAAGGGGGGGUCGAAGGGGUUCGUGGAGGAGAUGAGGUUUGUGGCGAUGAGGCUGCACACCAGGGACCAGGCCAAGGAGGGUGAGAAGGAGGUGAAACAACCAGAAGAGAAAGCCGUUACCAAGUGGGACCCAACCGUUGAAGGGUACCUCAAGUUUCUUGUGGACAGUAAGCUCGUUUAUGACACGCUGGAAGACAUAGUUCAAGAGGCUCCUCAGCCUUUUUAUGCUGAAUUCAGAAACACUGGAUUGGAAAGGUCUGCAAGUUUGGCAGAAGAUUUGGAGUGGUUCAAGGAGCAAGGUUAUAGCAUUCCUGAACCUUCUUCUCCUGGUAUUACAUAUGCGCAAUAUCUCAAAGAGUUAUCUGAGAAGGAUCCCCAAGCUUUCAUUUGCCACUUUUACAACAUCUACUUUGCUCAUUCAGCUGGUGGUCGAAUGAUUGGAAAAAAGGUUGCUGAAAAGCUACUUGACAACAAGGCAUUGAAGUUCUACGAGUGGGAUGGCGACCUUCCCCAGUUGUUGCAGAAUGUAAGGGACAAAUUGAAUAAAGUUGCCGAAGAUUGGACUCGGGAAGAAAAGAACCACUGUCUAGAAGAAACAGAAAAGUCAUUCAAGUUAUCAGGAGAGAUUCUCCGACUGAUUCUAUCGUGA